AUGGAAUACUUUCUACAUGACGUCUCAGAGGCUACCAACAGCAUGUCUUCAUCAGACUGGUGCAAGGGAAUUGGAUUGUCCAUUUUUGUUUCCUUCAUCACGGGCGCUUCCAAGCUUGCAAUUCGUAAAUCUUGGUUGAUUCAGCAUGAACAAGAAGCUGCUGCUGCUGAAGCUGAGGGUCAGUCGUCGUAUCCAUUACUGGGAUGUGAACAAGGAACGGAAAUCACUUCCACGGCCUACCUAGUAUCGCAUGAUGGCAUGGUUGAUGAAUCCUCAGGAGAAUUAGAUGAUUCGGAUGAUAAGAAUUGCUUUGAUUUUAUGCAAGACAAGAAACAACGAUAUUUCAAGUUAAAUCCACGAGCCUUAAGAUAUGCUGGAAUGUUUGGAAUGACCGUCUUGAAUCCCCUUUGCAGCGUAUUUGCCAUGAAUUAUGCUUCUCCGAGUAUUCUGGCACCCUUUUCAGGACUUGCUCUGGUGUGGGUGAUCCUCGGUGCAGGCGUGUACUUGGGGGAACCACCUUCCAAGUCGCAGGUUGCUGCUACCUUACUUAUUGUGAUUGGGGAAGUGGUCGUUGCAAUAUUCGGGGAUCAUACCAACGAUAGUGGAGUCACGGUAGAAGAAGUGGCAAAAUCAUACUCCUCUCCCGCUACCAUUUCCUACUUUGCUUGCCUGGCUGUUUACAUGUUGUUUCUAUGGUAUCUCGUUACGAAGAGCAAUGCCCCAACGUGGCAGCGUUUUGCCUGGGGAAGUUGUGGUGGUGCCAUUACGGGGCCCCAAAAUUUUAUCAAGGAUUCACUCACGACACUCAAAGCAGUCAUAUCAACUCCAGGUGUCAAGAUUCCUUGGUUCUUUCCCCUAUUGAUUGCCCUAGCAAUUGUCACUUCCUUUGUGGGCUUGCUUUUAUUUACGGCCGCCAUGAAGCGAUACAAUGCCACCUAUUGUGCGGCGGCCUAUGUGGGCUCCUAUGUCAUGUCUGCAUCUAUCAAUUCCAUCAUGCACUACGAUACCUUUGCUUCCUUGCCUGGUACCUGGAACGAUAUCAUGUAUCCCGUUGGAUUAUUUAUCUUGAUGAUGGGAGUCUAUUUACUGGAGGCGACUGGUGAAGAUGCGAUACUUGCGGAAGACGUCGAGGAAGAAGUGGAAUACAUUUUGGAUGGUAUCACCACCAUGAUUUUGCCACAAGUGUCACAAGAAGAAGCCAUUGAACAGGCUCUUCGAGACUGCAAAGAAGUGUUUGCCUAUGUACAGCUAGAGGCGCAACCAGACGAUGAGGAGGAAGCGGAUGGGGAACGUGCAAAGUGA